AUGGCUGUACCAGCGAGGAUCGUUCCAUCUCUUGGAAUGCUGUUACUCUUCUUCUUAUGGUUCUCUUCUGUUUUGCUUCUUCUCUGUCAUGGCAAGUCAGACUCAGAUGGUGAUUCAUCUUCCACGUUGAGGUUGCUCUUGGAGGUGAAGAAGUCGUUCAUUGAAGACCCAGAAAAUGUUUUGGCUGAUUGGUCUGAGAACAACACUGAUUACUGUAGCUGGAGAGGGGUUACUUGUGGAUUGAACUCCAUGGAUCGUUCGGCUACGUUGGUGGGACUUAAUCUUUCUGACUCGUCACUCACUGGGUCAAUCUCUUCCUCACUCGGUCUCUUACGUGACCUGCUCCAACUUGAUCUUUCUUCUAACCGCCUUACUGGUCCCAUCCCACCUGCUCUGUCGAACCUCUCUUCUUUGGAGUAUCUGCUUCUCUUCUCUAACCAACUCACUGGUCACAUCCCAGCUGAGCUCGGCUCGCUCGCGAGUCUCCAAGUCAUGAGGAUCGGGGACAACCCAUUGACAGGUCCCAUUCCUUCGUCUUUUGGCAAUUUAGUUAGUCUCGUGACUCUUGGCCUGGCCUCUAGUAGUCUCACUGGGUCUAUUCCAUCGCAACUCGGACGACUCAAUCAGCUAGAGAAUCUUAUUUUACAAGAGAAUGAACUCACAGGUCCGAUUCCGCCCGAGUUGGGAAACUGUUCGAAUCUCACUGUUUUCACUGCUGCAAACAACGGACUCAAUGGGACUCUUCCGACUGAACUUGUUGGCCUUGAGAAUCUUCAGCUUCUCAACCUCGCGAACAACAGUAUAACAGGGGAGAUUCCGAGUGAACUGGGGAAUCUGAGUCAGCUCACUUAUUUGAAUCUCAUGGGCAACCAACUCGAGGGUCGUAUUCCAUCGUCUCUAGCUCAACUGGGUAAUCUUCAAAAUCUGGACUUGUCCCUCAACAAGCUUGUUGGUGGGAUUCCUGAAGAACUUGGAAACAUGGGUCAGCUAGAGUACAUGGUUCUGUCUGGGAAUCAUCUCUCAGGGACCAUCCCAAGAAGCAUAUGUUCCAACUUGACUAGUUUGGAGCAUUUGAUGUUGUCGGAUACUGCACUGUCUGGAGAGAUUCCCAGUGAGUUAAUCCAGUGCCAAUCCCUGAAACAACUUGAUUUGUCAAACAAUUCCUUAAAUGGAUCAAUACCCGUUGAACUUUAUCAAAUGACUGGGUUAACUGAUUUGUUACUCAAUAACAACAGCUUGGUUGGCUCAAUCUCUCCUUUCAUAGGAAAUCUCAGUAACAUGCAGACACUUGCAUUGUUCCACAACAAUUUACAGGGUGCUCUCCCAAGAGAGGUUGGGAUGCUGGGAAAGUUGGAAAUACUGUAUCUAUAUGAUAAUCAAUUAUCAGGGGAGAUUCCCAUGGAGAUUGGUAAUUGUUCAAGCUUGCAGAUGAUUGAUUUCUUCGGAAACAAGUUUUCUGGGGAAAUUCCCAUCACUAUUGGAAGGCUCAGAGACUUGAAUUUCCUUCAUCUCAGACAGAACGAGCUUGUGGGGGAGAUUCCAGCCACUUUGGGUAACUGUCAUAAGCUAACUAUUGUUGAUUUAGCAGACAAUUAUCUCUCAGGUGGGAUUCCUUCAACGUUUGGAUUAAUGAAUGAUUUGGAGCAACUCAUGCUGUAUAACAAUUCACUUGAGGGCAAUCUCCCUCUCCAACUGAUAAAUCUGAAGAAUCUGACAAGGGUGAAUAUUUCAAAGAACAGAUUGAAUGGUAGUUUAUCAGCAUUAUGUCGCUCCCGGAAUUUUCUUUCUUUUGAUGUCACUAACAAUGCAUUUGAUGGUGAAAUUCCACCCCAGCUGGGAAAUUCACCUUCUCUUGAGAGGCUAAGAUUAGGAAGGAACAACCUUUCUGGUGAAAUACCAAGGACAUUGGGGAAAAUUGAAGAGCUUUCUUUGUUAGACCUGUCUGAAAAUUCUCUCACUGGAUCAAUACCAGCAGAGAUUUCCUUGUGCAAGAAGCUAGCUCAUAUAGAUCUGAACAAUAAUAUGCUGUCUGGGCCAAUUCCAUCCUGGCUUGGAAGCUUGCCUCAGUUGGGAGAGCUUAAGCUCUCCUUUAAUAAGUUUUCUGGGAUUCUUCCAACAGAGCUGUUUACAUGUACUAAAUUGCUAGUUCUCUCCGUGAACAGCAACUCUCUUAAUGGAAGUAUUCCUGAUGACAUAGGUAAUCUCACAUCCCUCAACAUCCUCAAUGUCGAGCAAAAUAACUUCUCCGGACCAGUCCCUCCGGCCAUAGGUAAGUUAAGCAAGCUUUAUGAGCUGAGAAUGUCCAGGAACAGCUUUAAUGGUGAGAUUCCAAGUGAGCUUGGAAUGCUGCAGAAUCUCCAAAGUAUGUUAGACCUCAGUUACAACAAUCUCUCUGGUGAAAUCCCACAUAUGCUCGGGACACUGGCAAAGUUGGAAGAGCUUGAUCUUUCUCACAAUCAACUCACAGGACAAGUCCCUCUUGAAGUUGGUGAAAUGAGCAGCUUGGGAAAGCUUAAUCUUUCCUACAAUAACCUUGAAGGUGAGUUAGAUGAUCAAUUUUCCCAUUGGCCGCCUAAGGCUUUUGAAGGUAAUUCACAUCUUUGUGGAAGCCCUCUUAAACAUUGCAAUACGGAUGGCUCCGGCAAUCACCUGUUAGGCCUGAGUAAAACAUCAGCAGUGAUAAUCUCGGCUCUUUCAACAUUAGCAGCAGUUGCACUAGCAAUACUUGCAGUAAGAAUGUUCAUGAAGAGCAAGCAUGAAUUUCUCAGAAAAGGCAGCCAAGUGAACUAUAUUUACUCCUCUUCAUCAUCACAAGGGCAACGAAGACCACUCUUCCGGUAUAAUACAGCUGCAAAGCGAGAGAUAAGGUGGGAGGACAUCAUGGAGGCCACUGAAAAUCUAAGCGACGAGUUCAUAAUUGGUUCGGGAGGAUCCGGGACAAUCUACAGAGCAGAAUUGCCAUCAGGAGAUACAGUGGCAGUGAAGAGAAUUUCAAGAAAAGAUGACUUUAUGCAGAACAAGAGCUUUGUGAGAGAAGUGAAGACGCUGGGGAGGAUCAGGCACAGACAUCUAGUGAAGCUGAUGGGUUAUUGCAGCAACAAGAGCAAAGGAGAAGGAUGGAAUCUGCUGAUAUAUGAGUUCAUGGAGAAUGGGAGUGUGUGGGAUUGGUUGCAUGGGAAACCAGAAAAGACCAGACGAUGCCUUGAUUGGGAAGCUAGGUUCAAAAUUGCAGUAGGAUUAGCCAGAGGAGUGGAGUACCUGCAUCAUGACUGUGUCCCAAAGAUCAUCCACAGAGACAUCAAAUCCAGCAAUGUGUUGUUAGAUUCCAAAAUGGAUGCUCACUUGGGAGAUUUUGGAUUGGCAAAAGAACUCAACAUUGACAACUCCAACACUGAAUCUAAUUCUUGGUUUGCUGGCUCCUACGGCUACAUUGCUCCAGAGUGUGCAUACUCACUGAAGGCAACAGAGAAGAGUGAUGUGUACAGUAUGGGGAUAGUGUUGAUGGAACUGGUGAGUGGGAAGAUGCCAACGGAUGAAGCAUUUGGAGGAGAUAUGGAUAUGGUGAGAUGGGUUGAAAUGAACAUUGAGAUGCAUUCUGAGGAAUUGAUUGAUCCUCAGCUGAAGACUCUGGCGCCAGCACAACAGUUUGCAGCAUUCCAAGUUCUUGAGGUUGCCUUGCACUGCACCAAAACGACGCCGCACGAGAGACCGUCUUCGCGCCAAGUCUGUGAUCUUCUGCUUCAUGUGUUCAGCAACAGAGUGCUUGACUUUGACAAGAUGAAUAUGAAUCGCCACGAGUGACAUU